AACUGUUAUGGCAAAGUUUAUUUUAUUGCUAAAUAAUCCCGAAAUUAGAUCAUAGGUUCUGAGAAACACAAGCACAACGGCUUCUGUUUGUUUACGUCUGAGGCGCGGGAAACGACAGUAGUUGGCAGGUUACAGCAGGAUUUGAUUUAUAAUUCACUGCAAUCAGGUUCAUCUGAUAAACAAUGGAUGCUGCAGAAGUAGAAUUUUUGGCAGAAAAGUCUCUGAUUACUAUAGUGCCAAAUUUUUCACAAGAAAAGUUGUACUUGAUAUCAGGUGAUGUGGGACCCUUUACUCCAGGUCUACCAGUACAGGUGCCAUUAUGGCUCGGAAUUAACCUUCGCCAGCGUGGAAAAUGCCGUCUAGUACCUCCUGAUUGGAUGGAUCCAGAGAAGCUCACAGAGAAAAAAGAAGAGGAAAGUCAGUCCAGGGUAUUCACAGAGAUGCCCUGUGAGCAUUACCUUGUUGUGGCUCAGCUUGUCCUGGCUUCUGCUCCAGAAGAUAUACCAAAUUCACAACAGGUCAAAACACUUGUAAAGGAUAUAUGGGAUCUGAGAAUCUCCAAGUUACGGUCAUCUGUAGCUGAAUUCAUCCAGAGUGAAGGAACACAUGCUAAGCUAGAUCACUUAACUCUCUUGGAAAUCAAUAGCAUCCGACCCUUCCUGCCACACGCCCUCGAUCAGCUGCACCGUCUGUCCAAAGCAACCAACAACAGUGCUCUUAGCCAGACGCAAGAUUUCUAGGAUUUUUCUCUGUCUGUUCAAUUUCUUUGUAUUUCAAGGGUUUGGAUUCCAUCAUUUUUUCCAUAUUCUGAAUAAUUGUUAGUUAAUUCAUCUCAUCAGUCAUGCUUUUCUUAAUCUGGUUGUAUAAACUUGCUUUGAAUCACUUAGUUCUUCAACUAAUUGACUUUGAAGGUUGUUGCCUUGUUUAAUCAUGUGAGGAAGAGAGUCCAAGCCAAAUUAUAGAAAUUUGUCUUUUAAAAAAUGUGUAUAAAGUUCAUAAACUUUUUUUCAUUUUGGUUUAUUGAAAUUGGAACUAGUGUUAUAUAUUGAAAUAAAUUAAUUUAGUUUAUUAAAAUUUGUAAUCAAUUUUGUUUAUUUAAAACUGAAAUUAGCUUGUUUAUUGGAAAUAGGAAUAAAUUUUGUCCAACUGGAAAAAAUAAGUUCUUUCACAAAUUUAUAUUGAAAAAUAUUUUUGAUACCUGUCUAAGAAUGUAUUAA